GUAAUAAUACGAGCAGUGCCGAAUGCUUUCAUGCAUUACAAAAACUUCCGGUGUUAUUGCAUGUGCACGUGUUUGGGAAAUUCAUGACUUCUUGAAAAAGCACAACUACCAGUAUGACAGAGGAGCAGCAAGAUUCAGCCAGUGGGAACAAGCCACUGUUCCGAGACAUUACUGGUGAUGACGACACCCCGGAGAUCACCGAAAUAGAGAGCUAUUGUGUCAACUGUGAGGAUCAGGGCUUAACAAGAUUAUUUUUGACAAGGAUUCCAUUUUUCCGGGAAGUGAUAGUCGCUUCCUUCUCCUGUGAUCACUGUGGUCAUCGGAAUGCGGAACUACAGCCUGGCGGAAGGAUACAGGAUAAAGGAGUGCGUUAUGAGGUCCUCAUCAAAAGCAAAGAAGAUUUAAAUAGACAGGUGGUACAAACAAAUUUUGCCACUGUCUCAAUUCCAGAACUAGAGUUUGAGUCACCUCCUAACAAGGGAGUGUUGACUACAGUGGAGGGCAUCAUUCAGAGAGCCGUGGAUGGCCUGAACCAGGACCAAGUAUUGCGGCGGAUACAACAUCCUGAGAUCGCUGCACAGAUUGAUGCUUUUGUGGAAAAGUUGGAGAAACUUAAGGAAAUGAAGGAGCCUUUUAAAGUGCUUGUAGACGACCCGUCGGGAAACAGCUUCAUUGAGAAUCCACAUGCACCGAAGCACGACAAGGAGAUGAGUGUACAUCACUACACCAGAUCUAAACAGCAGAACGAACAGCUCGGCCUCAAUGAGGAGGAUGGGGAGGCUUCAGAUGCAGCGGAGAGCGGGCAGGCGGUCAGCAAGGAUGAGGUCAUUGAGUUCCAGUCUAACUGCCCAAACUGUCAGGCGCCAUCCAGCACCAAGAUGAAGAUGGUUGAUAUUCCACAUUUUAAAGAAGUUGUUAUCAUGGCGACCAAUUGUGAUGCUUGUGGUUACCGUGACAACGAGGUGAAGGGAGGAGGGGCCAUUGAAGCAAAAGGCCGCAAGAUAUCUCUGAAGAUAACAGAUCCCAGUGAUAUGUCGCGUGAUGUGCUCAAGAGUGAGACAUGCAGUAUACUGAUCCCUGAGCUGGACUUUGAGACAGAGAUGGGGACGCUUGGCGGCAAGUUUACCACUGUGGAGGGUCUGCUGUCUGACAUACAGGGGCAGGUAAUGAUAUGUGAUACGGGGAUGGGGACACUUGGUAGCAAGUUUACCACUGUGGAGGGUCUGCUGUCUGACAUACAGGGGCAGGUAAUGAUAUGUGAUACGGGGAUGGGGACGCUUGGCGUCAAGUUUACCACUGUGGAGGGUCUGCUGUCUGACAUACAGGGGCAGGUAAUGAUAUGUGAUACGGGGAUGGGGACACUUGGUAGCAAGUUUACCACUGUGGAGGGUCUGCUGUCUGACAUACAGGGGUAGGUAAUGAUAUGUGAUACGGGGAUGGGGACACUUGGUAGCAAGUUUACCACUGUGGAGGGUCUGCUUUCUGACAUACAGGGUCAGGUAAUGAUAUGUGAUACGGGGAUGGGGACACUUGGUAGCAAGUUUACCACUGUGGAGGGUCUGCUGUCUGACAUACA